UCUUCAAAAUGUCUUAUCAAUCCAUGAAGACGAUGACAGGUGCACUCUGGAUGAAUGGCUUUGAAAUUGGCUGCAGAGCAGAGUGGGUGACAUCGUCCCGGACCAGGAUGGCUACUCCCCCUCUGCGAUCGUUUGCCGGAUUUUGUGCAGUGAAAACUUCGACCUCGUUCAACUUGUUUGUCACACCACACGCGUUCCAGAAGGCAAUUUUAAAAGUGUUGCCGUUCUGGCUGACGCUGUGGGUGGAGAUAGUCUGUACUGGAUUGACUUUUUGGUUUGACAGGCCAUUCGGGACUGGACUAUACAUAAAAGGCAUCAUUGGCGGAGGACAGGGCCAUGUCCAAAGAGUUUGGUGAACUGCUAUUUGUUGUUUUGCUUGUCUUAUUUGUAUUGAUGUUUAUUAAUUUAACUAUUGCAGAAAAUAGACUAUCGA